CUCGACAUUCUCAUCGAUCUUCAGUCACCUCUAUUCAGGCCCUCAUUGUCCUGCUUUUGCUCAUCGCAAGAUGGGCAAGCAUUAUUGCGACUACUGCGACGUCUAUCUAACCCACGAUUCAGUCUCGGUACGCAAAGCUCACAACUCAGGACGCAACCACCUACAGAAUGUACGCGACUACUACAUGGGCCUCGAUCCUGCUGGGAUACAAGAGAUAGUCGAUGGUGUUCAUAGAGAAUACGAUGAGAGGGGAAUCGAGAAGCCGGCCGUGGGAGGGCCGCCUGCAGGCUAUGGCGCAGGGGGUGGAUUCGGAGGCGGAGGCUUCGGGCGACCACCACCAUUCGGCGGUCCGCGUCCCCCCUACGGCGGCGCUCCUAUGGGCGGCCCCGGCGGUCCUGGAGGCUACGGUCGUCCUCCCCCACCGCUUGGCAUGGCAGGUGGCGCACCUCCUGGCGCCAAUCCUUAUUCUCAACCUCCUCCUAAUUUCUCGCAACCUCCUCCAGGAAUGGCAGGAGCCCCGCCGAGACCAGACUUCUCCCGCCCCCCUCCUCCGCUUGGUAUGCACAAUCGCCCCCCACCAGGGUUCAAUCCCAACGUCCCACCGCCGAGUGGUGGGUUUGCGGGAUCACCGCCGCCGCCUUCGGGGAUGAUGAAUGGUCAGCAACAACAGUCACCGCCGCCUCAGCAGGGUGGAGCCUUCCCUAGACCGUUGGGGAUGCAUUGAAAUGAGGCGGUCAAAGCUGGCCUGAGAGAGAACGAGACCGAUGUACUAUUAUUCACAUAUAGCUGGCGCAGCAGCGGCAAUCACACUGGUAUCCAUACG